AUUGAGCCGGAGCCCACCGAUGACGUCAGCCAUUGCAAGUGGAGGCGUAACCUCACCGGCGAUCGAGGAGGACUAAUGAGGGCGAAGAAUCCGCCUGCGUAGACCUGCUCGCUGUCGUCUCCUCUCCGCGUUCACCGAUCUGAUUCCUUUCUCCCUUGCUCCGCCGCCUCCCCGGUGAUGGGAUCCUCCGCCUCUUCGUAUCGUCUGCUCCUCCCCCUUCUCCUCUCGCUUCUUCUGCUCGGAUCGUCGUUCGGCCUGGCGGAUUCCGACUUCUUGGAUCCUUCUCGAGUAAUUGAGUUGUCGUGGAAUCCCAGGGCUUUCUUGUAUCAGGGAUUCCUCUCCGACAAGGAGUGCGACCAUCUCAUCUCUCUGGCAAAGGAUAAGUUGGAGAAAUCUAUGGUCGCGGAUAAUGAUUCGGGGGAGAGUAUGAUGAGUGAGGUGCGGACGAGCUCUGGCAUGUUCAUCGGAAAGAGGCAGGAUGAAAUUGUUGCAAGAAUCGAGAAGAGGAUCGCUGCUUGGACCUUCCUUCCAGAAGAAAAUGGCGAAUCCUUUCAAAUACUGCAUUAUGAGCAUGGCCAAAAAUAUGAGCCUCAUUUUGAUUUCUUUCACGAUAAAGCCAAUCAAGAACUAGGAGGUCAUCGAAUUGCCACAGUAUUAAUGUACCUAUCCAAUGUUCAGAAGGGUGGAGAGACCAUCUUUCCUUCUGCGAAGGUAAUAGAUCCAUCAUUAAAUACAUUGCAUAAAGAGACCAUCCAGACUCUUUUUCUAUCAUCUCAGGGGAAGUUAUCUCAAUUGAAGGAUGACACCUGGUCAGACUGUGCAAAAAAUGGUUAUGCAGUAAAACCUUCAAAAGGUGAUGCCUUGCUGUUCUUUAGCCUACACCCUGAUGCGACAACAGACUCCGAGAGUUUGCACGGAAGCUGCCCUGUCAUAGAGGGUGAAAAAUGGUCCGCAACAAAAUGGAUUCAUGUGAGGUCUUUUGAGAGACCACACAAAACAAGCUCCAGCUCAGGGUGUGAAGAUGAGAAUGUUCUUUGCCCGCAGUGGGCCUUAGCAGGCGAGUGUGUGAAAAAUCCUCAAUAUAUGGUAGGCACCAAGGAUUCACAUGGGUAUUGUAGGAAGAGCUGCAGUGUAUGCACCAUGUAGCUGGUUAUUAUUUAUUAUUCACUUGAUAAACUGUAGUCAAUAUUACCAUAAGGUGAACAAGAUUAUGUCUGUAUACAUGGCAUUUAUUCUAUAAUUCUGGUAUGAUCGAUCUUUGAUGA